AUGGCGGAGCGUAGGUUCUUCGGCUUGGAAAGAAAAUUGAACAGGACACCUGUUCUGAAAGCAGAAUACGUGUCCUUUAUGAGCGAAUACCUCGCACUGGGUCAUAUGACUCAGGUAAGUCGGGACUCUCGAACGCAGGCCGGUCCUGCCUAUUACCUGCCACACCAUGCGGUGACAAAGGCAGCAAGCACAACGACCAAGAUGCGCGUUGUAUUUGACGGAUCCGCGAAAACCAGUUCCGGAUAUUCUUUAAAUGAUACUCAAGAGAUCGGUCCUGUUGUUCAGGACGAUCUAUUUUCCAUACUCAUUAGAUUCAGACAGCAUCAGAUUAUUUUGAGCGCCGACAUCGCCAAGAUGUAUCGGCAGAUUUUAGUCGCUCCCGAGCAGCGAGUUUUUCAACGGAUUCUAUGGCGCGAAGAACCUACGCUCCCAUUAGAAACGUACGAAUUGAAUACGGUUACAUACGGCACUGCGUCCGCGCCGUUUUUAGCGACCUGCGUCCUUCGGCAAAUUGGAUUGGAUCAGUCUCAUCUAGAUCCAGUAAUAAGUAAUAUCAUCAUCCACGACUUCUACGUGGAUGACUUGCUAACGGGCGCGGAAACAGUAGAACAAGCAAUAAAAAUUAAUUCCGAGUUCCAUGAUUUUUAUGCGGACCUCAGGUCAUUAACACGGCUCGCAAUUCCUCGGUGCGUAUUGUGCCCGAAUCCUGUGCAGGUAGAGAUGCAUGGGUUUUGCGAUGCCUCCGAACGGGCAUUUGGGGCGUGCAUCUACCUGCGCACGAUUUCAGAAACGGGCAAAGCAUUGACCCAGCUCCUCUGCGCAAAGACACGCGUGGCACCGCUUAAAACAAUAAGCCUUCCUCGCUUGGAAUUAUGUGGUGCAUUAUUACUAGCGCAACUUGUGAAUAAGGUUCGAGUAGCGUCCCGCAGUCAAAAGGUCCAAGAAUUCUAUUGGACCGAUUCAAUGAUAGCACUAGCGUGGAUCAAGGGGUCCCCGAACCGAUGGAAAACCUUUGUAGCGAACAGGGUUUCUGAAAUUCAAACACUUUCGACGGGACCAUGGAACCACGUACUUUCUGGGGGCAACCCAGCUGAUUUAUUGUCGCGGGGAGUCAAGCCUUCCGCUUUGGACAAGCUAUCUUUUUGGUGGAACGGUCCAUCAUGGCUCGCACAGCCAUCAACGGAAUGGCCAAUCACUGGGUCUAUCCCAGCAGAAGUUCCUGAAGAAAGGGCCAUUUCUUGUAUUGUAAUAAGGGAAAUCGCAUCCCAAGUACCGGGGUUCCUAUUAAAAUUCUCAAACUACACACGUUUGCUCCGUGUGAUUGCGUACUGCUUAAAAUUCUAUCACACAGUAAAACAUAGAGUGAGUCUUCGUAACAAUCGCACCACUCGCCCGUGGAGCACUCAAUUGACGGUGCAGGAUCUUGAUCUUGCAGAGGUAGUCAUCCUCCGAUUAGUACAAGGUAAUGCAUUUACGCAAGAACUGUCUGACUUGCGUAAAAACCAAACAGUGACAUCCAAUAGCCCGCUGCGGUCAUUAAACCCAUUUAUUGACGACAAGGGGCUCAUUAGGGUGGGCGGUAGGCUUGCCAAUGCGGAGCUAAAAUACUACCAACAACACCAAGUGAUUCUACCGAAGAAUCACCAUGUCACGCGAAUGAUUAUUCGUCGUGCACAUGAACGCGUUUUACAUGCCGGUUGCGAAACGGUAUUAUCAAUGGUUCGAACGCGGUAUUGGCCAUUGACGGGACGCAAUCUGACCAAGGGGAUAAUCCGAACCUGCGUUAAAUGUAAUAGAGCUGCGCCAAAGGGUACCAGCUAUCUGAUGGGGCAGUUGCCUGCACCGAGAAUACGAAUAAGACCGCCGUUCUUUUCUACCGGUGUCGAUUACGCGGGUCCUUUCUACCUGAAAGAAAGGGUCCGUAGCAAGACGACGACUAAAGCCUACCUUUGCGUGUUUAUUUGCUUAGCCACAAAGGCCGUCCAUUUAGAAGUAGCUUCAGAUUUAUCGACGGAUGCCUUUUUAAAUGCGUUGAAACGGUUUGUUGCGCGAAGAGGCCGGUGUCGCGAAAUAUAUUCAGACAACGGCACCAAUUUUGUAGGAGCACGCAAUGAAAUGCAGAGAAUCAAAGAGUUCUUUGCAGACCAAAAACGAAGGGAUACCCUCUCUGAAUUUACGGUCACUGAGGGUAUGCAGUGGCAUUUUAUCCCACCAUACUCUCCACAUUUCGGGGGAUUGUGGGAGAGCUGCGUGAAGUCCGCGAAACGGCCUUUGACUCGAGUCGUUGGGGAAACUCGGCAAACAUUUGAAGAACUGGCCACUGUUCUGGCGCAGAUAGAGGCGUGUUUGAAUUCUCGGCCACUAUGUCCUGUAUCAACCGAUCCCACAGAUCUGAAUCCCCUCACUCCUGGUCACUUCCUCACCGGCAGCCCACUCAUGGACCUUCCAUAUCCUGACGUCACUGACGUCAAACCUACUCGUUUAAGUCGGUUUCAGCUACUCCAAGCAAUGUCGCAGCACUUUUGGAAACGGUGGCAGUUGGAAUACCUCCAUCAGCUGCAACAGCGACAUAAAUGGAAAAUCGCUGUACCAGAAGGAUUCGGAGUGGGCACGAUGGUCGUCAUCAAAGACGCUAGUCUCCCUCCUCUAAGAUGGAAACUAGGAAGAAUCACGGCUCUACACCCAGGCACUGACCAGAUCACCAGAGUCGUUUCCAUCCGGACAGCCGAUGGAGUCAUAAAGCGACCUGUGGCAAAAAUUUGCAUUUUGCCUACGGAGGAUGAAAGUUCAUCCCCAAAGGAUCAGCCUGGAUCGAGUGUUAAUCGUGACACAAAAAAAAAUGAAUCCGCGGCAGCCGAGCCUGCAUGUGUAUAA